AUGACGUCCAAACCAUCCUUCGACGCCCUUCCCCUUCGCAAAGAUGGUCCUCCAGGAAAUGCCUGGGGUCUUUUCGGUGAAAACGACCAAUGUGGGAUGCUAAACCUCUUGACCCCAGAAAUCAUAGCAAAAGCAGCAUCAGAGAUACGAGACGGCGUUCGAGUCUCUACCGAUUGGCCCCUCAAUCGAAUGUCACGGCCUUGUUUCGGUCGUGCACCAUUCAAGCAUGAAAUCACUACCAAGAGCCCUCGUGCUGUCAAUGAUGAUACUCUGACAUUCAAUACACAGAGUAGUUCGCAGUGGGAUGGGUUUAGGCAUUAUGCUUAUCAGAAGGAGAAGCUUUGGUUCAAUGGGAAGAGCCUUGAUGAUCUCUUAUCUUCGGAUGUCAACGGUAUUCAGUCUUGGGUUGAGCGAGGUGGUAUCGUUGGACGCGGAGUACUACUCGACUACGCAUCUUGGGCAGAUAAGAACGGCAUCGCCUUAACUCCCUUUGAAACAAAGUCAAUCACCGUUUCAACACUAAAGGAAGUUGCCAAAAGUGAAGGAACAACAUUCCAAAAAGGCGAUAUCCUGUUCAUUCGCACAGGUUGGGUUCGAGCCUACGACAAGCUCUCCGAUGAUGAGUGCAAGACAUUAGCAGACUACAAAGUCCCACCAGCUCAUGGUGUCGAGUCUUCAGAAGAAACGCUCCGAUGGCUCUGGGAGCAAGACUUUGCAGCAGUUGCGGGUGAUCAACCUAGCAUGGAGGCAUGGCCUUGCCAGAACACGGACUUCUUUCUGCAUGAGUGGUUGUUGGCGGGCUGGGGGAUGCCAAUUGGGGAGUUGUUUGACCUGGAAGCUUUGAGUAAAGAGUGUGAGAAGCGAGGGAGGUGGUCCUUCUUCUUUUCGAGUAUGCCACUCAAGGUACGUUUCUUUCCCUUCCGCGUCUCGUUGAGCCGAUGGUCUGAUGCGUGUUAG